AAACGGACGGGACUGUUUGUUCUGGAUUUGGGGCGAGGAAGGUCUGCUGACUGACAGCCACAUAAAGAAGGUGUGACCCCACCCCCCUGUGUCGUGGUCUCCUUGCCCCCUCCCCCCCGCCCCCCCCCCACACACACACACACACACACACAGCUGAUAACCUCCACCAGAAAAAACACCACCACAUCAGCUGAGAUAUGAUCACACAUCUGGAUUAACACAGCUGCACAGCUACAAACAUAGAGUCGAGUGUGUCCUGUAAUGGCCUGAGGGGCCCCCCCCCCGGUCUGCUCAAAGCUCCGUCACUGAACCCCCACCCCGCCAUGGGAGACGGUCUGGAGGCCGGCAGCAGCCAGAACCCUCCUUCCGCCCCCCCGCCCCUCGCCUUCAACCCGCCUGCCCCCGAAACAUGGAACCCCGUCAGACCCAAGAGACAGACCAACCAGCUGCAGUUCCUGCUUAAAGAGGUGUUGAAGACUUUGUGGAAACAUCACUUUGCAUGGCCCUUCCAGGCUCCUGUAGAUGCCAUCAAGCUCGGCUUACCUGACUACUACAAGAUCAUCAAGAUCCCGAUGGACAUGGGAACCAUAAAGAAGCGUCUGGAGAGCCACUACUACUGGAACGCUCAGGACUGCAUUCAGGACUUCAACACCAUGUUCACCAACUGCUACAUCUACAACAAGCCUGGCGAUGACAUCGUGCUGAUGGCGGAGGCUCUGGAGAAAGUUUUCCUGCACAAGAUCACAGAGAUGCCGCAGGAGGAGAAGGAGAUCGCCGUGGUAACAAAGGGACGCCGGGGGGGCCGCCGGGAGCCAGGUGUGAUCUCCAAGUCCGACUCGGGCCAGGACUCCUCCUCCCCCUCCACCACCCCCCACACUCGGGGCUUCUCCUCCCCCCCCACCACACCUCACACUCGUGCAGUGCCCACCCCUCAGGGCCCCCCCGCCCAGCCUCUCCUCCUUCCCCCUCAGCUCCCUCGUGUUCCCCCCACCCCCACCUCCCACCUGGGACCCUCCUUCCCCCUGUCCUCACCUGAGGUCCUCACCCAGGGACUCACCUCCGUUCCCCCACCAGCCCCGAGUCACCCCGGCCUCCCCCCCAUGCUGCAGAACUGCCCCGCUCUCAUCAAGCAGAGGAAGAGUCAGAAGAGGAAAGCCGACACCACGACUCCCACCGCCAACGACCAGCUCAGCGAAUCCUCGCCCCUCUCCGCCGACUCUCGGCCGCGGCGGGACAGCAUCCGCCCGUCCAAGACGCCCAAGAAGGAGGCGUCUCAGCCGGACUCCCAGCAUCACCCGGGGGGGGUUGAGGCGGCGUUGGGAGGGGGCGCCUCUCAGAGCCGGCAGGAGCAGCUGAGGUCCUGCAACCGAGUCCUCAAGGAGCUGCUGUCCAAAAAACACAUCGGCUACGCCUGGCCCUUCUACAAGCCCGUCGACGCCAGGGCCCUGGGGCUGCACGACUACCACGACAUCAUCAAGCACCCCAUGGACCUCAGCACGGUCAAGAAAAAGCUGGACGGCCGGCAGUACCGAGAUGCUCAGGAGUUCGCUGCUGACGUCCGACUGAUGUUCUCGAACUGCUACAAGUACAACCCCCCCGACCAUGACGUGGUCAACAUGGCACGGAAACUACAGGACGUGUUUGAGAUGCGCUUUGCCAAGAUGCCGGACGAGCCCGAGGAUCGGACCCCCACUCCCACCCCGUCCUCCGCCCUGCACCCUGCCCCCUCCAUGCGACAAGCCCCGCCUCCUCCCGCCAUCUCCGAGGAUGACAGCUCCAGCUCCAGCUCAUCCUCCUCUGAGUCGUCGGGCGGAGACUCGGAUCACGAGCGGCAGCACCGAUUGGUCGAGUUACAGGAACAGCUGAAGGCGGUGCACGAGCAGCUGGCCGCCCUCUCGCAGCCCCCCCCCAAACCCAAGAAGAAGGAGAAGGAGAAAGAGAAGAAGAAGGAGAAGGAGAAGAAGCACAAGAAGAAGAUGGAGGAGCCGCUGGAGCCCCCACCGUCCAUGAUGAUUCAGACGUCCAAGAAAAACAAGAGCAGCAAGGAUCCCAUUGUUCUGAAGAAGGAGCGCAAAAAACCCGGGAAGAAGGAAGGAGUUAAAAACAGUCGCCCGGUCAUGGCCCCACAGCCGGGGCCGACGCCGCUCGUCCCCUCAGCCGCUCUGGAAGCAGAGGAUGAACUGGAUGUGUUCGGGGCGGUCCCGUCGGAGAGGGGAAAGCCAAUGUCGUAUGAGGAGAAGCGGCAGCUGAGUCUGGAUAUCAACAAGCUGCCCGGAGACAAACUGGGCCGAGUGGUCCACAUCAUCCAGACCCGCGAGCCGUCGCUGAAGAACUCCAACCCCGACGAGAUCGAGAUCGACUUCGAGACGCUGAAGCCAUCCACGCUGCGGGAGCUGGAGAAGUACGUGUGCAGCUGCCUGAAGAAGAAGAAGAAGACAUCAGUAGAGAAGCCUCUGGAUAAUGUGACGAAGAUGAAGACGGGGUCCUCGUCUUCUGGCAGCAGCAGCUCCUCCGACAGUGAAGACUCUGACAUUGGGCUGGUUCCCAAGAGGAAGCUCUCCACUAGCAAAGACCUGAAGAGGCUGCACCCCCCCCUCCAUCUCAGCACCGCCGCCCCCCAGCCUCAGGUGGUUCAGCCCAAGCCCCCCCCGGUGGUCACGGCUCUGGACGCCUCUCAGCUGAUUGGCGCAGGGUUCGAUCCUCUGGCCCAGUUCAUGAACCCUCGACUGACUCAGCACAACGCUGAGCCCCCCCCCACCGUCUCUGCUGCUGCUGUUCCCCUCCCUGCCGGGGCCGGCCUCCUCAGCACACCCACCGUACCGACGCCCGCCGAGACUCACCUGUUCCUGAACCAACAUCCCAUCAUACCCUCCCCAGCGCUCCACAACGCCCUCCCCCAGCAGCCGUCCCGACCGAGCCACCGGGCGGCGCCGCUCCCCCCCAAACCCCCCCAGCCUCCCCCAUCCUCGCUCCCUCCCCCCUCGCCUCUGCUCCAGCCACCCCUCCGACCCCGCCCCCCGUCGCCCCCGUCCCACGGCAUCCUGGGAACUCUCUCGGCACAGCCCCCCCAGGCACUGUUGGAGGACGACGAGGAGCCUCCGCCCACAGAAUCCCUCACCCCCACCCCGCUGAGUCAGGUGCAAAGCUUCCUGCAAUCGCUGCAGCCUCGCCCUCCCGCCCCGCAGCUGCACCCCUCUGCGCAACUGAUGCAUGCGCAGGCCGUGUCCGUAGCCCCCCCCCUCACUCAGAGACAAGUGCACAUGCGGCAGCCCCCACCUCACCUGCACACGCCCACGUCGCACCAGAAGGUGGGGAGCGCCCUGCAGCAGAAGGUGCAGCAGAUGCAGCAACUGAUGCAGCAGCCGUCGCCGAGGGGGAAGAACCCCGAGAGCUUCUCCACAGGUAUCCUGCGUGAGAGCCCCUCCCCUCUGAUGAUGAACUCUCCUCAGAUGCCUCAGUUUCUCCCAAUGGGACAGCAGUCGCCGCCUCAGACCAAGAAACACGAGCAGAGGUCCAACAUGCUGCCGGUGAAGGAGGAGAAACCCUCCCUGUCUCCAGUUCUCCCCCCGGCCCCGUUCAGCCCCGCCAUGCGUCAGGACUCCCACAAACACAGGUUAGACAUGAAGCCAUUGGACGGUUCUCGCCUUCCUCCUCGCCUCCCUGACUCCCCCGCCCCCCCCUGCUCUCAGCAAGACAUCAAGAUCAAGCAGGAGCCCAAGACUCCCAUCGCUCCCAAAAAGACUCAGGAGGUGAAGCUGAAAAACAUGGGGUCCUGGGCCAGCCUGGCUCAGAGGCCUCAGUCCACUCCAGCCUCAUCGGUCCGAUCCUCCUCCGACAGCUUCGAGCAGUUCAGACGGGCGGCCCGAGAGAAGGAGGAGAGAGAGCGGCAGCUGAAGGCCGAGCAGGCGCGACGGGAGGGGAAACUACGAAGCCGAGACGAUGACGACCCGGUGGAGCCGACCCGGCGAGUGCAGGAGGAAGCUCGCCGGCGCCCGGAGCAACAGUCGCCGCUGGCGCCCACACCGCCAGCCUCCACGCCCCCCACCCACUCCCCGCAGGCCCCGCCCCCACAGCAGCAGGCCCCGCCCCCUCCCCCCCCUGCUGCGAUCGACCAGCGGGAGAUGGCCCGCCGCCGAGAGCAGGAGCGGCGCCACAGAGAGGCGAUGGCCGACACCAUCGAUAUAAACUUCCAGAGCGACCUGAUGGCGAUCUUUGAGGAGAAUCUGUUCUGAGAGGACACACACACACACACACACACACACACACACACACACACACACACCUCUCUCAGUGGUUGAACAGCUGGCUGGUGUCAUGUGACGAGAGCGGGGGGUUUGGUGUUUACGGGACAUAAUGAUAUCUGAGGAAUAAAAGCUUUUACACUUUAGAGAAAAAGGAAACGACGACGAAGAGGAGUUAAUUUAAUCAAUGAAUAAUCUGUGAAGUGUGAGGGAGAGGAGGAUGUCUUUUAUUGACCUGGGUGUGUUUCCUCACACACACACACACACACACUUUUCUAAGACUCACUUCCUGCUAAUGGUCUCUGAUUGGAGCAGCGCGGAGAGCCUGUAGACCCUACAAAUUAUACAUAUUAUAUAUAUAAAUAGAAACAUGAAUAUAUAUUAUAUACGACGAACCGUCACCAUCGCGAGAGGAGGUGGGGGGGGGGGUCUCUGAGCUUGAUUUUGUAGAGAUUUACUGUAAAGAACUUUUUUAUGCUGAUGGAGAGGAUGCUUGGUGUCUGUUUCUCUCUAUGCCAAAUCCCCUCUGAGUGCUGACCGUUCACGUUUUCUACAUUUAAAGCAUCUUCUUUUCACUUUAUAUUAAAGGGUUUUAUUGCUAUUUAAUUUCCUCCCCUUUUUAAAGCUGGUCUGAGGAAGCGGCCGAGUUUCUGCUGCGCUUUUAUUGUGAUGUUUCCUCUGUAUUAUAGCUUCCUGUUUGUCUUCCCGUCUUCUAGUUUUAUUUUGAAAUGUUUUGGGAUGUCGUGUGCCAUCGUGUUUCCUGUAGUUUUCAAAUCCUAUAUAAUCCAUAUUUUUAUUUUUGAUGUUAUACCCCCCCCCCCCCCGUUUUGAUUUCCUUCCUCUUCCCUGCGUCUGAUGGAUUCAUCUUGUUCACAUUAUGGAGUACAACACCUUUUUUUAAGAAAAGUAUUAAAAUAAUAUUUAAAAACUA